AUGGAGGUGCGGGCCAUCGUGCACAGCGACUCGACCGGCAAGUCAGGUGCGAAGUCCGAGCCCGCUCGGAGCCGCGGAGGGUCUCCGAAGCCAAGCUCGAAGCCCCUCGUCCACGCGUCGGUUCGACGAGCCACGCCGCUGGUCGCCGUCAUGGCAGCCCACGGGAUAAAAAAGAACUCGUCUUGCGACAACUUGAUCUCGAAGCCGUUCGACGAACCCGGCCGCGAACGUCGCUACUCAACUUCUUCGUCGAGCGGGUGCGGCCGCCGUAACUCGGCGUCGUCCUCGUCGAAUGGACGCCGUGCUGCCAGUGCCGCCGCUGUUGCUGCUGCUGCUGCCGCAGCCGCAGCCGCCGAUGAUAAUGCCGCGUCCGUCUCGGCCGGCAUGAGGAAGCAACACUCUUUCGAUAGUUUUGAGUCCAAGAAGAAAAGCAAGUCGAGGGCGCCGGCCGGGCGCUCUGCGAGUCUCAAGAAAACUGAUAGUUUUGAGGGCCACGAAGAGGCUGUGAAGAGCAUUGUCGCAGCUGUGCAGGAGACUCGCACGCUGCGCAAGAAGAAGAAAUGAAUGAAGUAAUGCUGCGAAUGGAAAAGCCCCCCCCCCGAUACUUUUAUCCACUAGUUCUUGUCGUCUUUGACCACCGUCAAAUUUCCGGCUUUCGAGCGACUUCGUUUCAGUCGUAAUGAUUCUCUCUUUAGUCUAUUCUUUUGAUAAUAUUGAGACUACAGAGUCAUAAGCAAUAAUUUUCGUUAUUACUGAUUAAAGUGUCGGAUUUUUCUGCGGGAAAGGUUCUUCAAUAAUCCUCUGGUAGGUUCAAAUUAGAAUAUCACAACAGAACAGUUUUUCGACGCGAGGGCAUUUCGGUCUGAAAUACUUGUUGGCUGUCCGUUGUUCCCGUCGCUCUUCAUAACAUGGUUCAUGCGCAAAAUUUUUUGACGCUCGAAAGUUUUAAAUUUUCGAUGUACUGUAUUCUCCAUUUUCAAUUUCCCGUCUUGACUUCUUGAAAAAGUUUCCUAGAAGCGUUCCAUUCUUUUAGAAUCGUGGUGGUCAAGAAUUGUAGAACGGACUGUCGCUCGAUUUUGUUGUUGUUGCCAUAGAUCGCAGUUUGUCUGUUCAUUGAACUUCGUCCCCUGGUUAUCGGCGUAUCGCAUCCGUAUGCUAACACCUGUUCGACAUUUGAAGCGUUUACCUUUUCCUUCUUCAAUUUUAGCGUAAUUUAGGGUCUUGCUCCUUUUUUUAUUGGGAAAAAAAUCGGCGAAUGUCUCAAAGGUGUCAGAGGGAUUUGUGGAAGGAGUCUGCAUACCAGACGCGAUUUAAGCUGGUGUAUUAGCGAGUGCUCAAGCGGUUUUGAUACGAGAGGAGAGUAAGAAUCGGGAGUGAGUAAGAUUAAGCCGUCGCCUGAAUUAUCAACAUGGCGAGAAAGGCAGGAAUGGUCCCGGUGUCGUGUCUCCUUCAAGAAGAAAGCGUUGGAGAAGUUUUAUUUCGAAGACCCCGUUUUUUUCGUCAUUAAUUCCGUUCUCAACUCGUAGUGAGAAAAAGUUUAGUUUCAUUUUUUAUCUGUGAUAUAAAAUGGAAUAAAAAGACGGAAUCUGCCUUUACCGCGGCGUCAAGUCGGUGACGCUCUUCCGAGAGUGACAGCGGCUUCCGGGAUGGUCAAUUUGAGCUCAAUUCCGCAUUGGAGCAGAAAAGACGCAAAUGAUACUCGAGAGAAUGGAUGAAUUAUAUAUCCGCCGUGGUUCGACUCGUGAAGCGACCUAAAAGAAAACGGUGGCACGGAUCAGUAUUGUAUUGUUUUAUCCCGCUUCUUCGAAUCCAGGAACGGCGAUACCGGUGACAAAUUUGUUUUUUCCGUCGCGUGAUUUGUUGACCCUGGUCUUGUUAUUUUCUUUGGUUUCCUUUUUCACCAAGUCUUUCAAUCGACCGAAGAAAACAUCUCGCGUUCUCCCAUCCUCACACAGUUGCUAUAUUACCUCUGAUUGUUACCGCAUGUUCGAGCUUAGGGUGGCACAAACGUUGUUGUGUGUGUGUGAGUGACGAUUAGUGGCAUAUGCGCAAGGGGGAUUCUCUAACCGUUGUAUCUUGUGUUCUAGAAGGACGAACGAGAGCGAGAGACAGAGGGAAGUAAAAGAAUUAAUAGAAUCUCUGCAUCUUUGUCCGAGAAGCACUGGACCCAGUUCAGCGUUGUUAGACUAUUUCCGAGCUGGAUGAGACGAGAGUCUUUUUUUUUUUCGUUCGGAAUUAUGUCAUUUCCGCUUUCGACAUCGACGAGGGUUCUUCCAAAGAUUGGCGUAGUUAUAAAGAACGAAUCCCGAAGAUUUCAAGUUUUCCGGAUAAGCAAUCUUUUUAACUUCAAAUACCCGUUUCUUUUGUACUGCACGUGGUCUGCUUCAUAGGUUUUGUCAGUCUCGACUCUACACGAACAUGGACGAAUACAAAAUUUCGACAAAGAAACUCCAGGCUACGCUUCCAAAUUUUGGUUGAGUGAAAGUUAGGGAUGAUUCCCUAACCUCGAACAUUAUCAAGUGAGUGAUGCUGAAUGUUCUGUUCGCUUUAAAAUUUCACUUGGUGAUCAAGUUUCCCGAGUCAAUUGGAAAAAAAUUUGUUAGAAAUGAACAGAGGUUUGCUUUAAAUUCAUUCUUUUGACAGAACCAUGUUUUGAACGAUUCAAAAUUAAAAAAUUCGAGUAUCCGAAGUUCAUUCAUAGGUACAGUAAAUCGUGUACUGACGAUGCUUACCAACCAUCCCUCGUAUUUGCGUGACUUCAUUUUUUUUUCUGAAACUUGAAAAUCGUCUCUUGGAAGUACUGUAUAGUAUCUAGGUUACGUCUUUCCGGUUAUUUUUCUUGAGGGCUUGUCUCCUUUUCCCAUCAGACUCCGCUGAACGAAUUUUUGGAUCAACUCUCGUGAUCGUCACGAUCUGAAAGGUUUAUCGCUAACUCUGUGGGCUCAGUGCUGCACCUUGCUUCUUUAGAAAAAGCUAUACGUUGAGUGUUGUUUGAGACGGUUUCCGUCGGUACUCAAGAGGAAAAGUUGCGUGUCUCUUUUUUUCGUUAGCAUGAUGUUGAACUCGUUUGUUCUUGGAUUUUUUCCCCGAAAGGCGUAUGAUCUCGAAUGUGUUAUUGAUUACGGAGAACUGGGUUCGUUAUUUUUUAGUCCUAGUGAUUUAAUUUGCCCCGUUUGGAUACUUGUGUGAGCCGUCUGGCGGUUCUUGUUGAUUUCGUGAUUUUGUUGCGAUUGAUUUGAUUUGUUUGUUUUUUCAGCCGCGUGUGGCGCAAUGAAUAAAACUGAGACAUUUUCGAA